GGUCACAGCUCAAGUCUGCAGCUGACACGGCCGCAUGCGUCGAACACACAAAUGGCAGCGACUGAGCAGCCGGCGGUAAUUCAGAUCGACCCAGAGAUCCAGCCGCCCACCAGCCUUACAAUGCCUGCCGACUCGCUCCAUGUCAACAUGGUCCGAGCCUCACGCCAAGUCGCCCAUGAGGAGCCUGCGCCCAAACAACCAGCAGCAGGGGCGUCUGAAUAAUUCUUCACAUUGUGUGUAAAAUUUUGGUAAUAUAGGGGUAUUUAUUGCUAGUGGCUGUGACAAGACGCUGGGUAUUGUCGCAACAAUGUUACUCACCUACACGCCUGUGAAUAACGUAAAAGUACAGAAUGGCAUCCAGGCACCCUUUUUCCGUAGCCUCAAUAUGUGGUGUUGGCCCACGAGCCAAUCUCCAUGUCCAGCCGGUCCCGGGCCAGCAACGCCUCGCGCAGCAUCGCCUGCGCGUUGUUCAGCGACCUCAGCAGAACCGCCACCGCCCGGCCCUGCCCUUCACCCAUGGCCUUUGUCUGAUACUCGAGCGCCCGCGUAAUAUCCGAGAUGCGCUCCAGCUGCCGGCUUAUUUCGGUCGUAUAGUGCUCCCGAUAUUGGCGCAGUCGCGCGACCACCUGCUGCUUGUUCAGCAACGCCUCGGAAGCAGCACAGGCUGCUUCCAGCGUGCACCCAGAGGCAUCGACGACCGAGGGAGAGAGUGUGUUCAUUUGAAAUUAGAAUUGGGGUGGAAAAUGUGUGAGAAAAAACAGUUUUUACUAGAAAAGGAGAGCAGAGAACGGAGCGUGGAGAGAAAACUGCCAUUUUUGUUGCCAGGUACGAUCGAUGCACUGUUUGUAGCAUCGGCUUUUUUUUUUACACACCUGGUCACAUGGGAUUUUUGAAAAGACGAUAAUUUUUCUUUUCACACAUUAGAGCACAUACAAUUACCAA